AUGAGAUAUUUAAGUUUUUCUGAGGAUGAAAGACUCAAAAAGUUAGUUAAACAUGAAACUUAUCUUUUAGGAAAGGUUAAUGAGCAAGAAAAAAGAAUUAGCAAAAUUCAGAAAAUCAACGAGGAGAAAGAAAUGGAACUCCUCUUCAACCAACUUAUGGAGGGUAGAAGUAUUAAUGAACUUGAUUCUAGGGAAAUGCGAGGAUUUUUAAAGGUUUCUGCUGCAAAGAUGGAUAAACUUAGUGAAAGAAAAAAGCAAUUCAUUCAACAACAUCAACCUUCUCAACCUCAAAAUUAUCCCUCCAAUUCCAAGCUCGUGAAUGAAAAUGUUAACCCAUCAGCAAGUUCAAUGGAGUACUUGAUCAAUAACCCGUGGUUUUUUGAGUCUAUGGCUACUAACCAAAAUGAUUUUGGCUUAGGGGCUGGAAGCGGUACAGAUCCCACACCAACUGAAGGAGAUGACAUCAAUGCUAAAGAUGAUGGACAUUCCAAAGAUCUUAAUUGA